AUGGCCAUCCGUGAAGACUUGGUGCAGAACGCUGUCUCCUUCUUGAGGGACCCCCAGGUCAGCUCAGCUGCCUUGGACAAGAAGAUUGAGUUCUUGAAGAGCAAAAGCCUCUCUGAAGAGGAAAUCCAAGAAGCUUUGAAAAGAUCAAAUGGUGAAGAAAGUGCUGCUCAAGACGUGACAAGUUCAUCCCAAGGUGCUGCUACCCCUACUGCUGCUGGUCAAGAUUGGAAAGAUUACUUUAUCAUGGCCACUGCUACUGUGGGUGUUGGUUAUGCUCUAUAUGAGAUUACAAAAAGAUAUGUAAUCCCAAAUAUCUUGCCUGCUUCCAAGUCAAAACUUGAUCAAGAUAAAGCUGCUAUUGAAGAAGAAUUUCUAAGAAUAGAGGCAACUUUAAAAGAAAUUUCAAAUACUAAUAAAGAAUUAAAAGAAAAUGAAGAAACAAAAGCUAAAGAAAUUAGUAAAACUAUUGAUGAAGUUGCAGAUAUAAUCAAUCUAACUGAAACCAAAAAUGAAAAAAUUGAAAGUGAUGUUAAAUAUUUAAAAUCUGAAAUUGAAAAUUUGAAGAAUUCAUUAGAUAGAUCAAUUGAUAAACAACAAAACACAAUCUCAUUAGAAAUCAACACUUUACAAACCGAAUUGAAGUCAUUACAACAAUUAAUCAAAAGCAGAAAUAAUUUAACAACUGAAUUAUCAAAUAAUAAAUCAAAAUCACCAAUCCCAUCUGUUUCCUCAAUCCCAUCUGCAACUAAUAAAUCUAAUGCUUCUUCUCUCAGUUCUUCACCAUCUACACAAAAUGCUUCUAUUCCAGCAUGGCAACAGCAAGCAAAAUCCAACCAAACAAAUGGUAAUACAAGCAGUUCAAUCCCAGCAUGGCAACAAGCUGCUAAGAAGGAUGAAUCAAAUGACAAUGGUUACACUGAACCAAACCCUGUUGAAAUCCCACAAAGUCAAAAAUUUGAUGCUUGA